AAUGUAUCGAUAGUUUUCCGGACAAUCCAUCUGGCAACGCUGUUAACAUGUUUUUCUCUGCAAUACGUAACAUUCUGAAAAAUUCACAAAAUGCAGCCAAAUACACGGCUAUUACCGCUCAAUUACGGCAUUUGCGAGGUCAGAGGAAUCACCAAGUCGAAGUAGGACUCAUAACCCCCACAGAUGUAACCACCAACCAACAUGACACACCAGCAGAGGCUGCUCGCGAAGGCGCCAAGGAGGUGGCUCUCGAUUUUGGGAAACGGGAGGCCCAUGUGCCCUCCUUCAAUCUGGCGGCCUAUGUAAAUAAUUCCAGUACCCUGAAAAAGUUUAUUGACCUUGGAGUGGAUCUGCACAGCAUAGAAAAGCGCAAAGGUCUGGGUCAGUUCGUUCUUGGCCUCGAUUUUGAAAAGAAUGUGAAGCCACACAUUUCCUUCCUGGUGGAUCAGGGAGUUUCCCCCGACAACUUUGGCAGGAUGUUCACCAAGAAUCCGCUGUUGUUCAAGGAGGAUCUGGACGAUUUAAAAACCCGCGUGGAGUACUUAAAGAGCAAGAGAUUCUCAGAUGAAGCCAGAGCAAGAAUUCUCACCCAGAAUCCGUAUUGGCUGAUGUUCUCCACCCGGCGUGUGGACCGUCGCUUAGGAUACUUUCAGAAGGAGUUUCGGUUAAGUGGUCACGAUCUUCGUUUGCUGGCUACCAAAGAACCUAAUGUUAUUACCUACAAUAUGGAACAUCUGCGGAAAUCGGUGUUUACCUUAAAGGAAGAAAUGGGCUUCAGUCCCAAGGAGUUAAGUGCCUUAAUCGUUCGCCGGCCACGACUGAUGAUGACUCCUCCUGAUGAUCUUAUUGAGCGUUUUAGCUACAUCCAUCAGGACAUGGGUCUUUCCCACGCGCAGAUUGUCCAGUGCCCUGAGCUUCUGGCAUCGCGAGAAUUCCGUCUGCGGGAGCGGCACGAGUUCCUCAAGUUAUUGGGCCGAGCCCAGUACAACCCUCAAGAGGACCUUUAUAUAUCACCUAAAACCAUAGUGCAAGGAAAUAACUUUUAUUUUGUGCGAAAUGUGGCAAAAAGUGAUUUGGAAACGUUCGAAUUGUUUUUAAAAACGAGAUGAAAAUAAAUGGAUGAAUUUGUUUAAAAAGCGCGCCAAAGUGUGACCAAUUUGUGGGUAUAAGUUGAAAGCUUCAUAAAGGCGGGGGUAACCAAUGUCUAUUUAAGUUAUUAACUAAUUUUAAAACAAAAGUUAUAUAUCAAAAUAUAAAUAAUAAUGCAGACGAAGAUAAAUGAGUAAAAAGUGUCCAAGCAAUUUCAGUAUUUUUGGUAUGGCCAACUACUCCGCCAAGUAUUUACAAUCUUUUUCGAUGUUGCACAACACUGACGAAAGGUCCCCCUUUUAAAGCAGCCGUGGAAACAAACGUUUUUUAAUACGCAUUAAGCUCGAGGCGGUGCGUAGAAGCGCAAUUCGUGUUUAAUUUAGUUUAGAGUCAGCCGCUUCACGGAGCAUUAAACAAAAGUUGCAAUAUUCAGCGCCAGCUGUUAGGUUUAACCAAAAGUAAAGAAUUAGUAGCGAAUCGAGUGCAGCGUCGGAGAAACAGCGCCAAACAAAAGUAAAACGCAUUUUCCUACGCAUACAUUAACACCCAAGCGAAUACACACACACGUAUUAACAAGGAAGGGCCGAA